AUGCCGCUCCUUGUCAGCGCUGGAGGCCUGCAACGCCUGUGCGGACGGCUGCCUGCUUUGAGGAUCUGCACCGUCGAGGAGCCGUCUCUUUCCUGCGCGCCUGCGGAGCGAGGGCGGCAAACAGGUCCUGCGACGGGUGACCGCCGGUGUGGGCGACGGGACUCAAGUGAAGCCUCCCGUUCAAAGAGUGAGCCCUUCACGGACGAUCGGAUCCAGGCACAUCUGUCGGCUGUCACCUGGCACGGCGUUGGGACGAGGCUCCUCGACAUUCCCAGGCGCAAGGACUGUGGGACUCCUCCAGGCGCCUGA